CAAUUUCUGGUUUAUUCUACUUGAAAUCAUUGGUCAAUGACUUUUUGAUAUUCAUGUAAACCACUGGUCUUCCUCCGAUUUCACUCAUGGCUGGCGACGAAUGGAAAAAUGCUAUUCGACGAAAUUACUCCUACUUCAAAAACAACAUUGCAGAUCCUCUUGAUGUUGUAGAAUAUCUCUACGGGGAGAUAACCCCUCCAGUCCUUACUGACAACCAGAAAGAGCAAGUAAAGGCAGAAAAUACCACAUCUAAGAGAGUUGGUAAGAUGCUGGACAUUUUGCUGAGACGUGGACCCAGAGUGCCCCAGUAUUUGUACCAGGCAUUUAUGGAGACGUCCAAUCCAGAAUGUGCAGAGAAAUUGGCCCCGUAUCUGUUACAGCAGGAGAAAGAAGCCCUCAGGAAAGAUCCUUCAGAAUGGCCUCCACCUCAGGAAGAACACAGAGCAAUGGCCAAAGACCAUGUGACCUAUCUACGGCCUAAUGACCCCUGUUGUUACAUGCAGUAUGAUUCAGAUGAGGUGUAUAGUAUGAAAAGGGAACGUCGAGGAUUAGUGUUCAUUAUCAAUAAUGAACAAUUUCUCCCAGGCACCAACUUGUCUAACAGAUUUGGAACAAAAUUUGACAGAGACAACCUUAAAAAUUUAUUUAAAGGUCUCCACUUUGAAGUAAUUGUAAAAGACAAUUUGACAGGAAAGGAAAUAAUUGAUGAAACCAAGUAUGUAAGUCUGAGUGAUAAGAUAAAGGACAGUGACUGUUUUAUCUUAAUUAUUCUGACUCAUGGUGAUGACCAGGGAGUGUGUGGUAUUGAUGGAGUUUCUGUCCCAGUGACAACACUUACAGAAAUGUUUGAACCCAACAACUGUCCAGAUCUUAAUGAAAAACCAAAAAUAUUCUUAAUUCAGGCAUGUCGUGGGGUUAAGAAAGAGGCUGUAAAUCCAGCCAGUAGUUCUGGAAAAGAGGAAUCAGUGGGGGAUGGAGGAAAGAACAGUUUGGGACAGGACAGUGUUGAUGCUGUAGAUUCUGAUAAAUUUGCUGAAGCCAAUAUAUCUGCAACUAAAACUGUUCAUUCCAAGGCAGAUUUCCUAAUUGCUUACUCCACUCCAGAGGGUUCUCUUUCAUGGAGAAAGACAAAUUCUGGAUCCUGGUUUAUGCAGGCUGUGGUGUGGAUCUUUAAGUAUGAAGCUCAUCUCAAAGACCUAGUUGAAAUGCUGGGAAAGGUAAACUACUUAGUCAGUAAAGGCAAGGCUUCAGAUGGAGGGUAUCACUAUGUUACAGUGUCCAACUACCACUCAUCACUCAGGAAAAAAUUAUACUUCUUCCCAGGAAUUUAUGGAGAUAAAAGAGUGCAUCCCCACUGCUUAAAUUAGUUCCUGAUACAUUGUGUACCCCUCAAGCAAGAAAUGAGCUCAAUACUUAGGAACAGUGAAUUUAACUUUAAAAAUCUGAAUUAAGAUUAAAUUGUACUCCAAAGUUAAGAAUUUCAAAUUCCUUUCUGCUGAUCAUAAUCUAGAAUGUUGGAAUCCACAUUAUACAUUGUUCGAAAAUGAAUGACAUAUUUUUAAAAAAAUUUUGUAUAACAUGAUAUGAAAAUGAGUUCUUCUAUCAGAUUUUAUUUGUGUAAGAAAUUAAAUGUUUUAUUGUAUAAAUAUCUAUGUAAAUGUGCUUUCUAAUGAUUUUCUUUCUAAUAACUAACUACAAAGAGAUAAGGCAGGUCCCUUCAAACAUUUUGGGGCAUGUCUAUCAGUGGCAUAACUCGGCAUAUGCCUGGUACAAGUAUAUAAGUUUCAUGCACAAAAUAGUAGGGUUUGAUUACUUGUGUUCAAUAACUCAAAAUACAAAGAUAACAUGCAAAGUAAUACUUGAAGAUAAUAUUCAAGUACGGUAGUUUUAAAGGUAAUUUUUGUCGGCAUGCAAAGUUUUCAAAAGAAAAAAAGAAUUAAUUGGUACUUGUGGUCAGAUACACAUAUGUUGUAGAUGGUGCUCAAAAAAAAUGUCACUUGCCUGCUGUCUUUGAAAGCAACAGGUUCAAAUCAAGGCCUGUUAACAUGCUAUAUUUCUUUCAAUGUUUAUGCAUAUAUUAUGUAUUAUAUAUUUCUUGUUUCAUAAAUACAUGUUUAUCUUUUU